AUGAGUCAGGGCUGGGACUUUGGAAUGGCCUGCCUGAAAUUUGGUGGGAUUGGAUUCGAUGUAGACUUUCUGGAGCAGAGAGGUGUCGAUUUCGCUCGCCGUCUCAAUGAGGGCAUCGGCUCCUGGACGCGCGUCCUGGCUGUCGGUACUCCAGGUAGCGGUGACUUGGAAGCGGCGACGGAAGAGGUCACGGCGAAGUACUUGGACUUUGCAAAGGGCAGCGAUGAUGAGGUUGCUGCCUGGCGCCGCCAGAUUCAGGCUGCCCGAGAGGAUCCCUCGGGGCAGGCCACACAAAGCCGCACUUGUCACGGCUACACGCUGCUCUGCACGGGCAUGGAGGACGAUGAGAUCUCUGAGGAGCUGAGGAUGGCUCAACGCGCCUUCGACGCCCAGAGGGCUCCGGGCCGCGGA